UCAGUCAAGCUUGUACUGUGAAGAAUAAAACUUUAAAUAUGAAGAUUAUUCUUUUCAUAUUUACAUCAUCGAUAAUAGCUUUAGCUUCAGGUGAUCAUUUGAAAUGUGGAAGAGUGGCGCCAAAGUGUGUCUACAAUCAAGAUUGUGACAUCAUUUGCAGUAUGGUCACGUAUGCUCCAGAUUUUAUCUGUGGAAAAGAUUCAAAGCCUGAAAUUCUUGAACAUCCAAAUGGAGAAACAAUGAUUUGUUGCAUGGAUAUAAGUGGAAAUGAACCAGAAUGCAUACCUUCAACGGACCCUCCAACAAAUCCACCAACAGAUCCACCAACAGACCCUCCUACUGAUCCACCAACAGAUCCACCAACGGAUCCUCCAACAGACCCUCCCACUGAUCCACCAACGGAACCUCCAACAGAUCCCCCUACCAAUCCUCCUUGUACAAAUUAUCCUGGAAGUGACGAAUUCGAAAAAGCUGUUGAUGAUUUAAAGAAAUUAAGAGAUGAUCUUCAAUCUGCUGGAUCAUCCACAUCUGAAAUUGACAGUGAAAUUGAUCUGAUUCAAGAUGCCAUCGAUGAACUUGUUAAUUAUAACUUAUUAUUAACACUGUAUUUAGAUGUCACUUUUGUGAGUGAAAGAAUCUCAUACAUCAAAACAAAAUUGAUAGAUUUACAAUUUGAUGUCGAAGCAUUCACAGAUGAUUUAGAAGCAAACUUUUCAUGUGGUGGCAAAGAUUGUGGAAUGAAUCCAAACAUUUAUUUGCGUGUUACAGAUUGUGCUUGUGUAUGUCGAUUGAAUUGCCAAACUUCCCAAGGAGAAAUAUUCUAUUGGAACAAAUGUACUUGUGCUCAAUUUCAAGAAGGAACAGUCGUUUAUGAAUGGAGAGAUACUAUUAAUAAUCUCAUUGACAAGAUUUCUGUUAUCACAAGUGAAUCUGAAGUUGUGAAAUCUAAACUCAUUACACUUUAUGAACUUUAUGAUGAUGCAGAAGCAGUUAGACAGGAUAUGCAGCGCAAUUUCGAAGAUCUUGAUAAGGAUGAAUUGAAACAACGAAUUGAAGAAAUCACAAAACGAAUCGAUGAAAUUACAACAGAAGUCAAUACUUACAUUACCUCAGAACAAGUUUGUGCAGGAAGCGAUUGUCCCGAAAACUACACUCCAGUAAAGGAAACUUGUGAAUGUUAUACAUCUGGAAAAGUUGAAAAACAUUUUGAAAUUUUAACAAGAUUCAACAUUCUUGACAAGGAAAUCUUCAGUUAUAAUGGUAAAGAUGCUGAUGGCGAAAUCGAUGGAUUAAAAGAAAGAGCUAUGGCUAUUCGAGAUCUGUUUGAAACACUGUUCAAUUACUUCUAUAAUAACAGUGAAGCACCUGAUGAUGCUGCAAUUGAUGCGCUGAUUCAAGAAAUCACUGAAAAGGUGGAACAACUCGAAAACGAUUUUGCUGAUUUUUACGACAAGAAUAAUCCAUCAAGUGAAUGUAAAUUGGAAGGUCCAUGCGAAAGCAACGAAGUUCUCAAUAAGGCCAGAAGUAUUUGCGCAUGUAUUCCAGUAGAAAACUAUGAAAUGCUUCCAGAUAUUGAGAAUGACUUGGAAAGACUAAGAACUGACAUAAAUGCCCUUGAGGUAUCUCAAGACAAAAAGGAUAUUCUUCUUGAAAACUUAGACAGGUUAGAACAAGGAAUACCGGACUUGCAUAAUUAUGUUGACGAGUUCUCUAAAAAUCUGGAUAUGACCUUUGUGCAAGGAAGAACAGAUCAACUUGUUGGAUGGUAUGCGAAACUUAACUCUGAUGUUGCUGCAGCUCAAGGAGAUAACACAGUCGAAAUAUGUGAUGCAUCAUGCCCUAAUGCCAGAUGGAAUUAUGAUGCCGAAGCCUGUUCUUGUACAUGUGACGUUCAAUUUUGCUUUGAAACUACCAAUCCUCCUUGUACAAAUUAUGCUGGAAGUGACGAAUUCGAAAAAGCUGUUGAUGAUUUAAAGAAAUUAAGAGAUGAUCUUCAAUCUGCUGGAUCAUCCACAUCUGAAAUUGACAGUGAAAUUGAUCUGAUUCAAGAUGCCAUCGAUGAACUUGUUAAUUAUUUGAAUAAUAAUUGUGACAAUUUAGAUGUCACUUUUGUGAGUGAAAGAAUCUCAUACAUCAAAACAAAAUUGAUAGAUUUACAAUUUGAUGUCGAAGCAUUCACAGAUGAUUUAGAAGCAAACUUUUCAUGUGGUGGCAAAGAUUGUGGAACGAAUCCAAACAUUUAUUUGCGUGUUACAGAUUGUGCUUGUGUGUGUCGAUUGGAUUGCAAUUUAUCACAAGGAGAAAUAUUCUAUUGGGGAAAAUGUACUUGUACUGAUUUCGAAGAAGGAACAGUCGCUUAUGGAUGGAGAACUACUCUUAAUAAUCUCAUUGACAAGAUUUCUGUUAUCACAAGUGAAUCUGAAGUUGUGAAAUCUAAGCUCAUUACACUAUACGAACUUUUGGAUGAUGCAAACGCAGUUAGACAGGAUAUGGAGAGCAAUUUCGAAGAUCUUGAUAAGGAUGAAUUGAAACAACGAAUUGAAGAAAUCACAAAACGAAUCGAUGAAAUUACAACAGAAGUCAAUACUUACAUUACCUCAGAACAAGUUUGUGCAGGAAGCGAUUGUCUCGAAAACUACACUCCAGUGAAAGAAGCUUGUGAAUGUUAUACAUCUGUAAAAGUUGAAAAAUAUUUUGAAAUCUUAACUAGAUUCAAUAUUCUUGACAAGGAAAUCUUCAGUUAUGAUGGUAAAGAUGUUGAUAAUGAAAUCGAUGGAUUCAAAGAAAGAGCUAUGGCGAUUAGAGAUCUGUUUGAAACACUGUUCAAUUACUUCUAUAAUAACAGUCAAGCACCUGAUGAUGCUGCAAUUGAUGCGAUAAUUCAAGAAAUCACUGAAAAGGUGGAACAACUCGAAAACGAUUUUGCUGAUUUUUACGACAAGAAUAAUCCAUCAAGUGAAUGUAAAUUGGAAGGUCCAUGCGAAAGCAACGAAGUUCUCAAUAAGGCCAGAAGUAUUUGCGCAUGUAUUCCAGUAGAAAACUAUGAAAUGCUUCCAGAUAUUGAGAAUGACUUGGAAAGACUAAGAACUGAUAUAAAUGCCCUUGAGGUAUCUCAAGACAAAAAGGAUACACUAUUAGAAAACUUAGACAGGUUAGAACAAGGUAUACCGGACUUGCAUAAUUAUGUUGACGAGUUCUCUAAAAAUCUGGACAUGAACUUUGUGCAAGAAAGAACAGAUCAACUUGUUGGAUGGUAUGCAAAACUUAACUCUGAUGUUGCUGCAGCUCAAGGAGAUAACACAAUGGAAAUAUGUGAUGCUUCAUGCCCUAAUGCCAGAUGGUAUUAUGAUUCUGAAGCCUGUUCUUGUACAUGUGACGUUCAAUUUUGCUUUGAGGAUGAAGAAGUCGUUGAUCCUUGGGGUUGUCAAUGUGUGGAAAAAACUGAUUGUCUUAAGACUUCAGAUUCGUGUGACGAAGGCGAAAUAUUGGAUUAUGCAAUGUGUGAAUGCAAACCAGCGCCUUGA